AUGCCCAACUUCUUUAGAGACUCAACAUUGGGGUUUAAACCACGAUCCAACAUAUUUAAUAAGCUUAGAACAAAAGAAUUUAAUGAGAACGUUCAUGAAAGUGAAAAUAUCGGUAAUACAAAAUCCGGCGAUAACGAUGGAGAUUCUUCAAUGAUGAAUUAUAUGUUUUCAGAUGGUGAUGAUUCAAUUCAAACGAUAAACCAAACUAAAGUGUCAGAACCAAAUAGUUAUUCAUCUGAUAAUAUUAAAAAAUUAUCAACUAGUACGCCACGUACCUUGAAGACAUCAACUUCUUCAGGGUCCGGUAAUAAAAUAACCCAGAGAUCAGGAACUAAAGAGGGAAACGCAGAGGAAGACGAAGAAGAUUUUGAGAUUACAGAAGUUAGAAAUAUUGAUCCAGAUUUGUCUCCGAGUUCUACUAAAGUAGAUAUUGAUACUUUCACUGGAAAACAUCCUAAAGUAACAAGCAAUUUGUUGGCAGAUGAUAAAUUUACUAAUGUAGAUACCUCGUCAAAUGAUGUUUUAUUAGAAGCGUUCACUAAUACACAGAGAAUUUGUAGCAAUUUAAAGAUUGAAUUACAAAAACAGAAUUCAGAAAAUGGUAAAUUAAAAUCUAAAUUAAAUAAUUUUGAGAAAGAGACAAAAAAUAUGCAAGAUAAAGUUACAAAAUAUAAAAUUAUUCUUAAUGGAUUACAAGAUAAAACGACAGAAUUAUUCAAGAAAAGGAAUUUAGAUAAUAGUCAUCUUUCAGAAUUGAAAAAAUUUCAAGAUGAAUUACAACGAAGAAUAAAUACGUAUAAAGAAGAAUUAAUUCAAUUGAAAUCUCAAAUGAUAGAAUUACAAAAACUUAAACAUUCAUUAGAAUCAGAAUUGAUGAAAAAGGAUAAAGAUUUAGAAUAUGUGAAACAAGAACUUGAUGAUUGUUCUGGACAACUUACUGAAGAAAAAUUGAAAAAUUCUUCAUUACUUGAAGAAAUUUUAUUGACUAGAAAUAUUACUUUAGAGUCAUUCGAUAAGAAAUUCAGUCAAAUGUUAUCUGAAACAAAAACUUUAACAACUAGUACAGAGGAGACACUGAAUAAAAAUUUUGAAAACCAGAAGUCCAUUUAUGUUCAACAACAAGAAGAAUUAUUUGAUGAGGAUUUAAAAAAAAUAUUAAAUGGAGAAUUGUUACAAGUUUCUAAUUGGUUUGAAAAACUUGACAAGUCUUUACUUAUUAAUUAUACUAAUUUUGAAAAUGAAUUAAACUUAUUCCAAACUAAAAUUAUUGAUCAAUUAGUUGGAUCAGACCUUAAAAUUGAUGAAAUAGCUAAUAACAUGAUUAUACUUCUUAAGGAAAAAUGUCAAAGUAUCAUCAGUGAGACCAAUUCUGAGUUACAUGUAUUACAUGAAAAACUUGAGGGAUAUCAAAAUGAAUUAACCAAGAGUCACGUAUAUGAAAGUAAUGUCGCAGAACUUGAGAAACAAAUUUCCUCGCUGGAACAACAAAAGACAGAGAACCUGGUUAACCUUGGUACUCGAAAUGCAGAAUUAGAAGACCUGAGAAUUCAACUAGAAUCACAAUCCAUUGAACUUUCUAAUACAAAAUCGAUUGAUUCUGAACUAACAAGAAAACUUGAAAUGGUGGAACAAGAAUCAGGGAAGUUAAAAGAGGAAUGUAAAAAAUUAAAUGAAAUACUAAUUACUGAAAAAGGAAAUUUUCAAAAUAAGAUAGCCGCCCAAGAAGGAAUCUCUAGUGCAAUCAAAUCGGAAAAUAGCUCAUUAAAAUCAAGAAUUCAGGAGUUAGAAGGGAUAAGAAAUUCUUAUGAAACUGAACAAACAUCCAGAAUUGACAAAUUUCAAAGAUUAAAUGAACAACUUCAAAAAAUGAAUGUGGAGAUGAUUCAAUUAAAGGCUCGUGAAUUAGAGCUUCUAGAGGAAAAUAAAAAUUUAAAUAAUAAAAUAAUGGAUGAUACUACAGGGUAUGAAACUUCUUUAAGUGAAGUUAAUAACUUGAAAAGGUGUAUAAGUGACAUGGACAACGAUAAGCAGGAAUUAUUAUCAGAACGACUCGAUUUGCAAGAUAAGUUAGAAGAGAUGCAAAGGAAUAUGGUCUCAUUGAGGAACAAAAAUAGUAAUCAUGAAAAAACUAUUAAAGAAUUAACAAAACAACUCGAAAAAAAGGUAACUAAUGACUCUCAGCAACACUUGACAACAGAUGAUGAAAUUGAACGAAUAAUUGUAACACCAGUUAAACCUCAAAAUAAACCACGAGAAGAAAAGAACAAGAAGAAGAAUAUUAUUAAGACCAAGACAGAUGUUGUUAAUACAAUGAAAUUUAAGAAAUUUACAGAUGAUGAAUUUGAUCUUCCGUCAUCACUAAAUGAUGAUUUUGAGAUGACUGAUCCAUCACCGAUCCAUUUAAAACCUGUGAGGGCCAAAUCUAAGAGGGGCCACCCACCUGAUUCAUCCGUAUCAGUCACCAAAAAAAAAUUGUUGCUAGUGGAUCCUCCAGGAACCACAGAUUUUGAAGUUGUGAGUAAUGUGAUACCCAAACGAAAGAAGAGAAAGAAUUGA